AUGAGCCUCCAGGCCCCACCCAGACUCCUGGAGCUGGCUGAGCAGAGUCUGCUGAGGGACGGAGCCUUGGCCAUCCCCACCCUGGAGGAGCUGCCCAGGGAGCUCUUUCCCUCACUGUUCAUAGAGGCCUUUACCAGGAGAUGCUGCGAGGCCCUGAAAACUAUGGUGCAGGCCUGGCCCUUCACCUGCCUUCCUCUAGGGUCCCUGAUGAAGUUGCAUCAUCUGGAGACCUUUCGAGCUGUGCUGGAGGGGCUUGAUGCACUGCUUGCCCAGAAGGUUCGCCCCAGGCGGCGGAAACUGCAAGUGCUGGACUUGCGGGAUGUGGAUGAGAACUUCUGGAGCAUAUGGUCUGGAGCUUCUGCACCCUCCCCAGAGGCCCUGAGUAAGAGACAAACAGCAGAGAACUGUCCAAGGCUGGGUGGGCAGCAGCCCUUGAUGGUGACCCUAGACCUUUGCUUCAAGAAUGGGACUCUGGAUGAAUGCCUCACCCGCUUCUUAGAGUGGGGCAAGCAGAGAAAAGGCUUACUGCAUGUGUGUUGCAAGGAGCUGCAGAUUUUUGGAAUGCCCAUCCACAGUAUCAUAGAGGUCCUGAACGUGGUGGAACUAGACUGUAUCCAGGAGGUGGACGUGUGCUGCCCCUGGGAGCUGUCCAUUCUUAUAAGGUUCGCCCCUUACCUGGGCCAGAUGAGGAAUCUCCGCAAACUUGUUCUCUUCAACAUCCAUGUCUCUGCCUGCAUUCCUCUAGACAAGAAGGAGCAGUUUGUCACCCAGUUCACCUCUCAGUUCCUCAAGCUGGACUACUUCCAGAAGCUUUACAUGCACUCUGUCUCUUUCCUUGAAGGCCACCUGGACCAGCUGCUCAGGUGUCUCCAGGCCCCCUUGGAGACGGUCGUCAUGACCGACUGCCUGCUGUCAGAGUCGGACUUGAAGCAUCUCUCUUGGUGCCCAAGCAUCCGUCAGCUAAAGGAGCUGGACCUGAGGGGCAUCACACUGACCCAUUUCAGCCCUGAGCCCCUCGCUGUUCUGCUAGAGCAAGUUGAGGCCAUCCUGCAGACCCUGGACUUAGAGGACUGUGGGAUCACGGACUCCCAACUCAGCGUCAUCCUGCCUGCCCUGAGCCGCUGCUCCCAGCUCAGCACCUUGAGCUUCUGUGGGAACCUCAUCUCCGCGGCCGCCCUGGAGAACCUGCUGCGCCACACCGUUGGGCUGAGCAAGCUGAGCCUGGAGCUGCCUGCCCCUCUGGAGAGUUAUGAUGCCCAGGGUGCUCUCUCCUGGGGGAGAUUUGCUCAACUUGGGGCUGAGCUGAUGAAGACACUGAGGGACUUAAGGCAGCCCAAGAUCAUUGUGUUCAGCACUGUCCGCUGCCCUCGCUGUGGCAUCAGGGCCUCCUAUGACCCGAAGCCCAGUUACUGCCUCUGCUGA